CUGGAGCCUCCUGCUCUGUUCACACAGACAUGAGUCUGUGAGCAGCACUUUCAGUCUGUGCAAUCUCUCCUGCUUUGUAUUCAACAAUCACCAUGAUCUUUCAAGUACUUUUUGGAUAUAUGGACGUUGCUGGUUGGCUCUUGGUUGCUUUUCUAUUGUUACUUUUAAUUGAUGUGGUUAGAAACUGGAGGCCUAGCAAUUUUCCGCCUGGACCCUGGGCUGUGCCUUUUCUAGGAAACAUCUUCAUUGGAGUUGACUUCAAAACAAUGGAGAAGCUUGCUGAGGUGUACGGCCCAGUGUUCAGUCUGAGAAGAGGCAGUGAGAGAAUGGUGCUUGUUUCGGGAUACAAGAUGGUCAAAGAGGCUCUCGUGAACCAGCUGGACUCCUUUGUUGAUCGACCUAUUCUCCCUCUCUUUGAUGUUGUCUACAAUGGUCUGGGCAUCUCCUUAAGCAAUGGUUACCUGUGGAGGAAACAGAGGCAGUUUGCCAACACUCACCUACGUUACUUUGGAGAAGGCAAGAUGUCGCUGGAGAAAUAUAUCGAAGUGGAAUGUAGCUUUAUUUGUGAAGCCUUCAAAGACGAACAAGGACGAGCAUUCAACCCUCACUACACCAUCACCAAUGCAGUGAGUAAUGUCAUCUGCUGUGUGGUAUUCGGACAUCGCUUUGAGUACAGUGAUCCCACCUACCGCAAGGUUCUAGAACUGGACAAUGAGGCUAUAGUGCUCUCUGGUUCUCUUCGGACACAGCUCUAUGAUUUUUUCCCUGGUUUGAUGAAGCACCUGCCUGGACCUCACAAGACUGUUCAGGCAAAUUAUUUGGCGAUCUUAAAUUUCUUAAAAAAAGAAAUCGAGAAGCACCAGGAGGAGUGGAACCCAGAUGACCCUCGUGAUUACAUUGAUGUGUACCUGUCAGAGAUGGACAAGAAAAAAUCAGAUCCUCAGGCGGGGUUUAACCUUGAAACCCUGAAGUUCUGCACCAUGGACAUGAUUGAGGCUGGAACAGAAACAUCUGCUACCACUUUGCGCUGGGGGAUCAUAUUUAUGAUGCUCUACCCAGAGAUUCAAGAGAAAGUCCAAGCAGAGAUCGACAGAGUGAUCGGACAGUCUCGUCAGCCCACAAUGGCCGACAGACCCAACCUGCCCUACACUGAUGCUGUCAUCCAUGAGGUCCAGAGGGUGGGAAACAUUGCUCCCUUGGGAUUCCCGAGAAUGGCCAGUAAAGACACAACAUUGGGAGGAUACUUCAUACCCAAGGGUACAGCUACCACCAUGGUCCUUGCAUCUGUGCUCCAUGAUAAGAAUGAGUGGGAGACUCCAAACACUUUCAAUCCUGAGCAUUUCUUGGAUUCAAACGGUCAAUUCUGCAAGAGAGAGGCCUUCUUGCCGUUUUCAGCAGGUAAACGUAUGUGUAUAGGGGAACAUCUGGCCAGAAUGGAGCUGUUCCUCUUCUUUACGUCGUUCCUCCAGCGCUUCACAUUCCGUCCUGUCCCUGGGGAAAUGCUCAGCUUGGAGGGUGUGCUUGGCUUCACCCAUUCCCCCAUGGAGUUCAACACACUCGCUGUGCCUCGCUGAUGUUCUCCUGCCUAGGAUCUCCACAAUUAUUUAAGAUUACUGAAUCAAAUAAACAAAUUUGAAGAUGUGACAGCUGGAGACAUCCGGCGAAUUUCUGGAGAGGCUUAAAACUAUAUUGUUAUAUAUAAAAAUCGACAAGAUUAAAAUUCAUAAUAAUUAGAAAUUUUAAUUUGCAAGCAUUAGUUAACACUAGUUAAAAUAGUAGAGAAGUAAUUAAAUAGACAUAUUUUGUGUAUAAAAAAUGUCCAUAAAAAAAAUGAAACCUUAAAAAAAUAUUUGAUAAUUUGUUGUCAAACUACAUUAACAUGUUCAUUAUAUUAAACUGAUACUACCCAGCUUAAACAAUACAUGUAGAUAGCAAAAAAAUGCUUUUAACAAAAACUGCUGCAGUUUAGUCUGUACUGUACUUCUGUAAGCUUGUUUCAUUUUCUGAAAUUUAACAGUUUGAGGAAGGACGUAGGUCGGACCUUGAGAUGACUUCUUUUCAACCAAGGUGAACUUAUUAGAUUAACAAACGUUAAAUUGUUGUUGGGCCUGCAUUGUUUUGUUUUGUUUUUAGCAGGUUUGUAAUAUACAGUACUACAUUUGCUCUAGUCUAAUAAAAAAUAACAGUUUUCAUGCA